CGGGAACAUGGCGGCGGCUUGGCUCUGCACAGCCAGGACUAAAGUCUGCAUGGCACCAGCUUUUGGGAGAUGUCUGCAGAAGGCGCUCUGGACAAGGUCGUGGAGAAGGGGAGAUGCUCGCCCGCCCUGGACUUUUGGCACGUGGGAGUGUUUGCAGCCAAAAAACCAGCAAGUCAGUGGUGUUAACAGUUAUCUCAGGAGACAGCGAGAGUCUGUGUGUCUGUCCCAUUCGACCACUGCUGCUAUGGUCCAGCAGAAGGCUGUGGAUGGGAGGACAGAAGAGUUCAAACUGGUCUACAGGUUUCCAGGGAUAAAGUACUGCAGGGUCCUGUCCAGACUGAAGCUGUUGCAGACUGCCACCACCAUGGUCACGCUGCCUCCCAUCUGGUACCUCUACCUGCAGAACGAGGUGUCUCAGAAUAUCCUCUUAUACACAACUGGCCUUGCAGUCUUUGCUGGUGCAAUGUUGUAUAGUAUGAGCUACUUUUUCAGAAGAAUUAUUGGAUUCAUCUACUUGAGUGAAAGUGGUCAAACUGUCAGAGUGGCCCACUUGACAUUCUGGGGAAGACGGAAUGACAUUUACUGUCCCAUAGAGACAGUGGUGACUUUGGAUGAAGUUGGAGACAGCAAAGGAGAGCUGCUUCUCCAGUUCAAACGGUAUAACAGCACAGAUACUUUAUAUUUUACAGUUAAGUAUGGACAGAUUGUAGACAGAGAGAAGUUUACUCAAAUAUUUGGUGAACUUGUGUGAUACAGCUGCUCGUUUCCAGUGAUUUUCCAUAUUGCAUGUUCGUUGUGCUUAUUGUUCCAUGAGGUUCAAUUAGCUUACCCAACUGACACCCCUGUCCUUUUCCUAUGCAAACCCAGGAUCGAAAGUCACAGUGGUAAAGAAUAAUCCACUGGAUUAAAUGUCUUUGCAGCUUGUUUAUGGUGUGAGGAGUGUCUGUUUCACGUUGGAUUCAGUGAUGUCUGUGUUGUGCUGUCACAGCACUUCCAAGGCUGAACUGUCCUCCUUGGAACAUGCAUUAGGGGGCUGCAUUAGUGGUGCUGACCCCAACUGUCUCAGCUGGCCCCUUCACUUGUUGUGAAACAGGAAAGACUCUCAAAGUGAAAUACAGGAGAUGCCAGAGCACCCUCACUCCAAAUCAGUGCUUCUUUUAGCCAAUUCCAGGUUGGUUGGGAAGCCUCUGGAAAUUGAAACUGGUCUUGUAUGUACACAUGAUGAGUGAUGGUGAAUGUCAGACACAGACAUGCUUAUGUGUUAGUGAAAUGUGAGUUAUGUGCUGAUGCAGCUGGGAAGGAUGGGUGUAAUGCUGUGGAGGGUGGAUGUGGUCUCCUGGCAAGAUCCUCCAGGAUGUGAAUGUAACUGGACAAAAGAAGGGUGUGUGCUGCAAGAGGCACUGGCAGCUCAGCUGUAAGGGUAAGUUACAGGCUGGGGCAGCAUUUCAGGAGCCUCUACAGAAAUUGCUGCCCCAUUUAAUCAUAGAAUAUUAAGGGGUUGGAAUGGACCUUAAGGAUCAUCUCACCCUAAUGCCCCUUGCCAUGGUCAGGGACACCUCUCACUAGACCACAUUCCUCAAGGCUUUAUCCAACCUGGCCUUGGACACUGCCAAGGUUGGGGCAUCUACAACCUCCCUGUUCCAGUGUCUCACCACCCUCACAGUAAAACAUUUCUUCCCACUGGAAUGGUAAAAGCAGCACGUGUAUCCAUGAAGGACAAUGGUCUUACUCCAUGGUGUUAGUAUGACUCCUCCUUUUCCAAAAGCUCAGUAGAAGGGAGGAAUUUAAACCUGAGAAAGAACCAAACCUAUCACCUGUAACACGUAACACAUCUUUUGAAUUGUCAGAAGCAAGUUAACCCCUUACACCACUCUUCUAGCUGUUACUUCAUUUGAAAGUGGCAAAUAAACUGACCCUCACCAAUAAUCUGGA